GAGUGCCUACAUAUGUAAAAGUUACGUUGGGUUGAACAUUAUCCGAAUACACGCAUCUGUAUUGAUCUCAAAGUGGCAUUUUUCUGAUUACCCACGAACUUUCCAAACCAAUGAUAUAAAAUAGAUUUAGGGGAGAGACUCUACCCGGAACUGUACGAUACAUGUAGGCUCAGGUGUACGACACUCACUCAAUUAAACAGGCAGAAGAGACAAACCCGACCGAGGAAGCAUCAUAAUUGUCAGAGUGUGUUCGAGUGAGGAGGGAGAAUUGUUAAAUUGCUUGGAAAUCCGGGCAUGAGCUCCCUUAUCAGCAUCAGCAAAUAUCUGCUCAUGUUGACUCAAAAAAUCAUCUCAUGCAAAUAAAUGCUAAUUGUCCACUAAUGUCAUAAAUCUUUUGAGCAUGUUUAGUGUAGGCGUUACCGACGAUAAAAUGGACGAGUAUGUGUCCAUCAAUAACUUUCACCCUGUCUUCCCUCUUGGCGUAUGUAAAUUGUCAUUCUUUCUCCAGAAAUGCUCAUGAGCUGACCAUUUUUUUUAUUCGCAAUAAUUUGAAAAAUAUUAUCCACACUAACAAUUUCAUAGUUCAAGAAUUUUAUAAUUUAAUUUAAUAUUGAAAAAUGGUGAAAUCCAAAGUACGAAGACACAAAGCCAACGCUAGGGAAAGGAAUCGGAUGCACGGACUGAAUCAAGGUAGCUUAAUUUUGGUAGCUUUUGUUUGGUGACGUCGUUUUUUGGCGUUCUAUUUCUUGUACCCAGAGAAAAAACAAAAGCCACCAAAAUUAAUCUAGAUAUGUUUAUUUGAAUUUUGAUGCGUACAGCUCUCGACAAUUUACGACAGCAUGUGCCCAUCACAUCAAGGAAUCAGAAGCUCUCCAAAAUUGAGACCCUGCGGUUAGCACGAAACUACAUUGGAACUCUGGGAACGAUUCUGGUGCAGAAUGAUGAAAAGAUAAUGCAGCCAAAGCAGAUGGCAUUCUCUUUGUCCCGAGGCUUGUCCCAAGGAACGUCAAACUUGAUUGCUGGGUUCUUGCACCUCAACCCACGUAGUAAUAGUGUCAAUAAUAAUGGUUUAGGUCAGCCGUCCACAAGUCUCAGCCCAUCUCCAGUAGGGGAUUCGUUCAGCAAGCCUGGACCAUGCGCCUUCUUUGAGCCGAAUGGCCUCCUCCGCGACUACAAUGUCCACCUUGAGAUGACGACGACAACAAACCACAAUUCUACCCAUCUUGGGAUGACGUCAAGUGGUGCAAAUUCACAGCCAUACUUCCCAGAAGGUCAAUCCACCAUAAAUCAGAAUCAGGAUUUUGGAAUUCAUAAUGGGAUCAAUUCUGAGGUGUAUCAUCAGCAUUACCACCACCAGAAUUUCUGUACUUAUCCACAACAAAGUUGUCGCCCGUCUGUUCCAUAUGAAAAUACGUGCUUUGACAUUUAAUUUGAUUAUUGUAUAUUUUUACUAGUACGAAUUAAAUUAUUAAAGUUUA